UCUGGUCUUGCAGAGAACAGUGUGAAUAAGACUCCUGCACCAUCACAAAAUGGAGCUGAUAUUAAACUGGCUAAAAAGCCCAAGGACCCUUGUUGUUCUUGCUUUCAUCACUAUGGUUGCAAUUGUCCUGUUGAAUACAAACGGGGUCAUAUUAAAGGUCAAGAAUCAAUAUAUCAACAAUAUCGAGUAUGAUGCUCCGGAGGAAUAUGCAAAUGGAGAUUUGGAUUCUCAAGAUGACAAAGCUCAGACACCAGCACCAGAAAUCAGCAUAGAAUGGUGGCAAAAAGAGUUAUGUAAGCCAGAGGUUCUGCGACUCCAACCUAGCACGACAUAUUUGAGAUUACCAAUGCUUGGCAGGGAUAUCAUACCCAGCCCGAACGACUAUAAUGUGUUCUUGGGAGAAACAGCAUGCAAUCAUCAGCCACUGUAUAGAGCAUAUUGUUCUGUCGAAAGCUAUGCAUACGAGAAUCCGACAGCGAAGGUCUGGUUCCACACAACGUCCCCGUUGAUCGACAACGGAGACGGCCUCAUCACGAAACUCGAGGGGGCCUACGAUAACUUGAAAGUUGUAGGCAGUGACCUCACCAAGAUUUUCAAUGGAACUCCGUGCGAGAAAGUAUUCAUGGCAGGAGAAUGGGCACACAAUACGCCUUGGCCCGCGAACAAUAUAUCCAACUUGUUGAGAAAUGUGGUGCUGUGGCUGUGGGGAGGCUUGAACAGCGACACCGACUGCAUCUGCGUGAGGAACAUCACCCACAUACGGAACAUGGCUUCUUAUGACGAACAGGACAAAGUGGUCAACAACGCCAUCAUGCACUUCGACGCAGGGCACCCGUUCACCUAUGAGCUUAUGGAAUAUCUGAAGAAGAACUUUAAGAUAGCCACAUGGGUGGUCAAUGGCCCUGGGGCAGCAACAGCCAUAGCGAAGAAGAUGUGUGGAACAGAGGAUUUGAACGAAGUCCUUCUCCAUCACUGUGCUAAUGUGACGCUGCGUCCUCUGAAGGAAAUGCAGCUCUUCCGGUGGCCUCACUGGAACAACUAUUUCCAGGACAAUAAAGGAGAACACUUCGUGGAGGAGCACCAAGAUGCCUACAUCGUACAUUUGUAUAACAAACUUAGUAAAAAAACGGCAGUCCCAAUAGGAAACAAAGGCAUCUAUGAUGAGAUCGCCAAAGCUCACUGCCCUAUCACCUAUGCAGCUGCGAAACGGAGAACCAACUUUUUCUGAGCCGCUCUGAUGUUUGUUUUUCAGUAUCAUGUUAGUAGAUUUAUAUAACCAUGAUUUCUUUGACAUUCAAAUUACAUUUUGAAAGCACAAUCUAAACUCCAUUAAUGAAGAAGCACGCAGAUAUACACAUAAUACAGUUAUAGGUAAAACAUGAGUAAUCAGGUGGUCUCAUUUAUAUAACUGAACUUAUUACUAUUUUUAUCAUAGUUAUUAACAGUAUGUUAUUCACAUUGAUAUAUCCAUACUGUAUAUUUCUCAUGGUAUUACAUUUAUGAUUGAUAAGUAUUGUUGUAAAGACCAUAAUUAAAAGUAUUAAAGAAUAUGAAAAUGAGUUAUGCUGAUAGCGGUAAGAAUGAUAUAGUAAGACUGUUAGGAGUAACAAUGAUCAAAAAUGAGUUGCCUUGCAGUGGUGGCGAAUAUAUAUUGUAUCAUGAACUAUAGGCAUAAUGAGUGUCUAGAUAAACUAUCAACGUCACAUUUUCCGCAAUGAGGCGGUUACUAUGUUAAUACUGAUUUAUGGUAGACCUUCUGCAUGGCGACUAAUUGUUGAUCUUUCAUGUGUGUGUGACUGUACAAAAUAGAUUAGCGUUAAAUAAGGAAAGCGCACUCAC